GCUCUACUGCCACCAGCAAUCUGGACCUCGGUGUGGUUUGUCGUUAACCAAGCGAAGGGUCCUAGGAGGAAGAUUCCGCGUCCAUGGCUUCCUCCUCUCUUGUCCGGCCUCUCUCCGCCGGCGCCACCGCCUGCCUCGGCACCCUUCCCCGGCUGGCCCCCCCGUUCUGUCCUUCCUCCUUGUCUCUCCGGCCCCAAACCCGCGGCCGCCGUCCCGCGUCCUUCGUCGCGAGGGCGAGAGGAAGGGAAACUCCCGCCUCGAAGCAGUCCAAGAACGCAAAGGAAUCGAACCAGGCCGCCUCCGCUUCCGCGCCUGAAGGAGGGGAGGAGGUGGAGGAGGUGGAGGAGGACCUGCCCUGGAUCCAAGAGAAGGCCCUUGACCUUGUGGAGUUCACCGGGACUGUGACCCAGGCCAUCCCCGGGCCUCGCGUUGGCCAAAGCCCGCUGCCGUGGCUUCUCGCCGUGCCGCUGGCCUACGUCGGGCUCUCUUUCGUCAUUGCCUUCGUUAAGACCGUUAAGAAGUUCACUUCGCCCAAAGCCAAGCGCAAGAGACUGGUAAAUAAGAAUGCUUUCUUGUUGAAAUCAAUAGACGAGUUGUUUCAGAAGGGGAAGGAUGAAGUGAAACAUUCAGCUCUCCAAGGCCUUAUGGAGAAGACAGGUUUUAGCAUGGAAGAUAUUUUAAGAAAGUACAUCCGGUAUGCGUUGAAUGAAAAACCUUUUAACCCUGACAUGGUCGUGGAUCUCAUACAUCUUAGAAAAGCAUCAAUGUUGGAAGAUGCUCAAGUUGCUGCAGUUUUAAAUGAGGUUUCAAGGCGAAUUGUCAAGGAGAAAGGGCCGGUAGUCAUGGACAUAUCAGGAUUUACGGAAAGGGGUUUUAAGAGAAAGGUUGCUGUGCAAGCCCUAUUUGGAAAGAUCUUAUACCUAUCUGAGCUUCCAGAGUUCUGUUCGAGAGACAGCUCGCUAAUCAUUAAGGAAAUAUUUGGAGUUACAGAUGAGGAUGCAGACACCCUCCGGAUUCACACGCUUUCUGAAGCUGGUGAUGUUGAAUCACUCGAGAAGAUGGUUGAUGAUUCUGAUACAGAAGAUUUUAAAGAUGGAUCGAUAUCGGCUCCUUAAUGUUAAGUAACCUUGGAGCUUAAAAAUAUGGAGGGUGAGUGAUUUUGAGAAACCCUUUUCUUAAAAUUUUUGGUGUGUGUGUUGCUAGCAUGUAGGUAACUGGCCAAAAGAAUCUUUUUGACAUUAAAUACUUUUGGCAUUGGUGUCUAAGAGGGAGAACAAUUCAACAAGUGAGACAGGUAACAGAGUGCUUUUCCAGUGUGGUAAUGCCAAUAUGGUACUUGCGUGCCUCCUGUACAAUUAGUUUUGCUUAAAGGAAAAUGGGAACGAAGAAGCCACUUUAAUUAGAAGCAUAGAUAAACUGUGGAGAAAUCUUUUCCUG